AUGGAGAGGGCGGCUGCGGCCUCACGGGACUCGACGGGCGCCAUGGAAGCACUGGGAGGGCAGAUCGCCAUCUCGAUUGAGGAGAUGGGUAAGACAGUGACCGAGAACCUAUGCCAAGCCCUCGCAAAAACCAUGAGAGAGGUGAUGAUCGGCGUCCUGAAGAAUCAAGCUCCAACGCAGGCGGAUCCGAAGCUGACCGGAGGCGCGGCGAUCUGUGCAGGCGACGGCGGAAGGAAGAGCAGGGAGGAUUGGGCCGCAUCGGUGUUCAGUGGGCCAGGCCUGCUGCCUGUUCCAUCAGCCCAGGAGAUCUCUGAGGCCCGUGGGAAGAAGAAGAUGGUUGAGUUUGACGGGCUAGGCCCAGAGGAUGAUGAGUUAAGCUUCGCGGAGCAGGAAGGCUGGUGGGUGGACCCUGGGCCCGUUGGGGCGGGUCAAGGCUGGGUGGCAGACCUAAGGUCGGGCGACUCGAUGGUCGGGCGGGCCAACGCCGAUUGA